GUGACCGGCCUGAAGGCUCUGUAUGAGGCAGAGUUAGCUGAUGCUCGACGGGUUUUGGAUGAAACUGCUAAAGAGAGAGCGAGGCUUCAGAUAGACUUGGGCAAGGCUCAGGCUGAACUGGAAGAAGCCACACGCAGUGCCAAGAAGAAGGACAGUGAACUUGCAGCCGCAGUGUCCAGGGCCAGUGGUUUGGAAGGCCAGCUGAACAAGAGUGAAGCGGCUCUUGCUACAGCUCUAAGCCAGAAUGCUGCUCUUACUUCUGAGCUGGCAGAUGUCAAGAGCCUGCUGGCUAAGGCAGAGGACAGCCAUGCUGUUGCUAAGCGCCAGCUGGAGGCAGAGACACUAAUGCGCGUAGACUUGGAGAACCGCUGUCAAUCACUGAGUGAAGAGCUGGAGUUCAGGAAGAGCAUGUUUGAGGAGGAGGUGCGUGAGUCUCGGCGUCGACAGGAGCAGAGAAUAGUGGAGGUGGACUCUGGAGUCAGACAGGACUUCGAGGUGAAACUAGCACAAGCUUUACAGGACCUGAGGAGGCAACAUGAUGAGCAAGUGUCUCUUUAUAAGGAAGAACUGGAGCAAACCUUCCAGGCCAAGCUGGAUAAUGCCAAGGUGUCCUCUGAGAUCAAUGACAAGGCAAUGAGCACAGCUAGGGAAGAGCUUCAGGAGUCCCGUAUGAGAAUAGAGAGUCUUGGAUAUCAGCUGAGUGCUUUGCAGAAACAGGCAGCUGCCUCAGAGGAUCGUAUCAGAGAGCUGGAGGAAAUUCUGUCAGCAGAGCGAGAGAAGCACCGCCGUGCCAACGAAGGAAAAGAACAGGAGAUGAGCGAAUUGAGAGAGAGGAUGAACGCUCAGCUCAGUGAAUACCAGGAGCUGUUAGAUGUGAAGCUUGCCCUAGAUAUGGAGAUCAAUGCAUACAGGAAACUGCUGGAGGGAGAGGAGCACAGACUGAAGCUGUCCCCCAGCCCAUCGUCUCGAGUCAGUGUUUCCAGGAUAACAGGAUCUUCCUCCUCCCGCUCCUCCAAGAGGAAGAGAGUGGAGUCCAAGGAUGUCCCAGAGGUGGGAAGAGGAGAGGGGCAGCUGCUGGUGUCAGAAGAGGCCACAGCUAGUGGAGCAGUCACCAUAUCACCCACUGACAUGGAUGGAAAUGCAGUCACUCUGACCAAUGAUACUGAGCAGGACCAACCUUUGGGCAACUGGAGGUUGAAGAGACAGGUUGACAAUGGGGACGAGGUCAUCUACAAGUUCUCUCCGAAGUUUGUGCUCAAGGCUGGACAGUCAGUCACGGUGUGGUCUGCUGAUGCUGGUGUGGCCCACAGUCCACCAUCUGACUUGCUGUGGAAGAGCCAGACUUCCUGGGGAACAGGAAAUGACAUAGUUACCACUUUGAUCAACACUGACGGCGAGGAGGUGGCCAGAAGGAGUGUAACCAAGACUCAGGUGGAGGUAGAGAACGGAGAGGAAGAGGAGGAAGUGGCACAAACAGUGAGUAUACUUGUUCUUCUUGCCAGAUUUACCUGUAUAAGUAUACAAAAAGUAAGUUCCCCCAUUUCAUUUAAUGUGUCUUUACUUUAUUCACCUUUUACGUACUCCAAACUUGUUCUGGUGAGUAGUAUGAUAUUUUUGUAUUUUCACUUGCACAUACUUCCAUUCAUUCUUUCAGUCAAUUAAAUUAAUUAUUUGGUAACACUGUCAAUAAUGCCCAUUUCUAUAGUGUCUAGAAUACUAAAACCUGAAAACAAAGGUAGUUUACACCUACACG